UGUUGUGGCUGAGAGGGAAGCUGGAGCUGGAAGCCCCAACGACCUUCUGAAAUAUAGUCAAAUAAGGACAAGUGAUUUCGAGGUGAAGAGCGAAACGCACCGAGCUAUCACGAGCCCGCGAGAUCGAGAAGGAGUUUGACGGUUAGGCAGGAGAGGGAGACGGCGGGAGUCUAGACGCUGGUGUUGGAAUGUCUUGGGACAGGCGGCGGAGGAGGGCGCCGUGGCUGAAAGGCAGCAUGUGAGAGUGACAGGAGGGCAACGAAUGUAAAGAACUAGAACUAUGGAUGUACUGGAACAUGGGGGCACUGCAGGAGAGGAGUGACAGUGAAACUGAGAAGAUUUGUGUGGCCUCUCCCCUUCUCCCCUGUGACCUCUGAACCCCAGAAGACCUUCUUGCCCUCUCCUCUCUGUGAGCCAUGGAGAAGCUUCUGCAUUUUGGGAAGCAGCUGCUGAGGGUGAAGGUGGUCAACUGCAACUCGGAGGACUCCCGUCUCUCCAGAUGCCUCAACACCUUUGACCUGGUAGCCCUGGGCGUGGGCAGCACAUUGGGCGCUGGUGUUUACGUGCUAGCUGGUGCCGUUGCACGAGUGAAUUCAGGUCCUGCUAUCGUGUUGUCUUUCCUGAUAGCAGCCUUAGCCUCAGUGUUGGCUGGUCUUUGCUAUGCUGAGUUUGGGGCCCGAGUCCCCAAGACAGGCUCAGCUUAUCUUUACUCCUAUGUGACUGUAGGAGAACUCUGGGCCUUCAUCACUGGAUGGAACCUCAUCCUCUCCUAUAUCAUUGGUACCUCCAGUGUGGCGCGAGCAUGGAGCGCCACCUUUGACGAGUUGGUAGGGAAGCGAAUAGAGAUGUUCUGCAGAGAGUACAUGUCAAUGAAUGCACCGGGUAUACUGGCAGAGUAUCCUGACAUGUUUGCUGUUCUCAUCAUAAUCACUCUCACAGGUCUGCUGACUUUUGGGGUCAAAGAAUCAGCGAUGGUGAACAAGGUUUUCACAUGUAUCAACGUCCUAGUCUUGUUGUUCAUGGUGGUCUCUGGCCUGGUCAAAGGCACUUUGAAGAACUGGCAGCUAGACCCUGAAGAAAUCCUGCAUCCCAAUUAUACAAAUAACUCCAGUUUCAAUCGGACAGAUGUUCUGCCAACCAAGGAGAGUUUAGGAGUGGGUGGCUUCAUGCCGUUUGGUUUCACGGGCGUCCUAUCUGGGGCUGCUACUUGUUUUUAUGCCUUUGUAGGAUUUGACUGCAUCGCCACCACAGGUGAAGAGGUAAAGAACCCCCAGAGAGCCAUUCCUAUUGGUAUCGUAUCGUCGCUGCUCAUAUGCUUCGUAGCGUACUUCGGGGUCUCGGCUGCCCUCACCCUCAUGAUGCCGUACUACCUGUUAGACAGCAACAGCCCCCUGCCCGUAGCCUUCAAGUACGUGGGUUGGGGAGGAGCCAAGUAUGCAGUAGCUGUAGGCUCUCUUUGUGCUCUGUCUACUAGCCUGCUGGGUGCUAUGUUCCCUAUGCCCCGUGUGAUCUGGGCUAUGUCUGACGAUGGGCUGCUUUUCAAGUUCAUGGCCGAGAUCAGCCCCCGCACCAAAACCCCGCUAAUUGCAACCCUCACCUCCGGCAUAGUGGCAGCAAUCAUGGCAUUUCUGUUUGACCUGAAGGACUUGGUGGACCUGAUGUCCAUAGGGACGCUGCUGGCCUACACAUUAGUGGCCGCCUGUGUUCUGGUGCUCAGGUACCAGCCCGAGCAGCCCAGCUUGGUGUAUCACAUGGCCAAUACGCUUGAGGACAUGGAGCUGAGCGACGGCAUCAGCGUCCCCAGUAUGGGCAUGGGCAUCCUGCCUGGCGUCGAGGAGAGGUUCAGUUUCAAGACCUUGCUGUUCCCGGAUAACCCUGAGCCAUCCACGCUGUCAGGCUUGACCGUCAACAUCUGUGCUUCUCUCCUGGGAAUGCUGAUCCUGGCGUUCAGCAUACUGGCCGUUCAGGGAGGCACUGCUGUUUUGAACAUAGUCGCUCUCAGUGUCAUCUUCAUGGUGUGUCUCCUCCUCACCUUCAUCAUCUGGAGACAACCUGAGAGCAAGACCAAACUCUCCUUCAAGGUCCCCCUGCUGCCUUUCAUCCCCGUGAUCAGCAUGUUUGUCAAUGUCUACCUCAUGAUGCAGUUGGACAGAGGCACUUGGAUCAGAUUUUCAUUCUGGAUGGCGCUAGGUUUAGUGAUCUACUUUUGCUAUGGAAUUCAUCACAGCACCGAGGCGGCCGCAGCCCGUGCAUCUCCGGACACGGAAAUGAACGGCUUUGCGCGGAUCCAAGAGUUAGAAGCAAUGUCAACAGAAAAGGAGGUGUUCCUGCACGCCGGCCCUGACCCCAGGGAAGAGGACGACGGGGAUUUAUAGGAGGCAUUUGAACUUGCUUCUUCCAUCCAUGUCAGCCCGACCGGACACCAGUCUGUCUGUGUAGGAGUAUUUACUUGGCGGCCUCGCCGCCAGUGUUCCCUCUUGGAGAAAACAGUGAUAAGUGACACAAACUAAAAUUCACAAACCUCUGACUUUACCCUUCAGCUCCCAGUCGGAACGCAGGCCACUGACGAUAACCCCCAAAACCAGACUUCAAAAGCCAUAGCUGACACGUUGUGUAAUUUCAGUAUUUUGCAGUUAGGUCAUUGACCCCUUUGUGCUUGGCGUUGAGAUUCGGCUGCUCUUUAUCGCUUGGCUGUCCGAGGGUGGAGGGCUCAUGCAGGAGACGUGAAACAUGUCCGCGUUUCGGAGAGGCUCAGAAAUAACUGGACACGUUAUCAUUUGUUUCUCUACAUCUUAAGGCGUAGUUAUUUCUUUGGAGUGUGUCUGGUUUACGUUGCUGGCAGUAGACCCAUGUGCAGAAGCAGAUGUCUGGGCGCCAGAAACUUCUACAGUCAUAGUUUUCUUUUUUUUCCCCUCUACAUCUGCAUAAUUAUAACAAAAUAUAUACAAAAUGUCAGUAUUAAAACCAGAUAGGUACCAGUAUCUCCAGUACAUUCUCUGUAACCUACCAGUAGUCAUGAAAGUGACGAGUGGGAGCUCGCACAAUACACAGAGGAACCCACUUGGCUUGUCAGUGAUUUAAUUACGCUAGCAGAAAUCUGUGGUCGCACAUGUAAAAGUGGGACAGCAGAUACGUAUGAUACGUUUAUCAUACAGGUGCCUGAUUCUAAAUCUAGAGAAUCGCAUUGAAGGCACCUGAGGUCCAAGACUCGGCCUGGUGUCCUCUUGUGGUUUUACAUUAUGUUUCAAUGCAUGUUCAAAUCCUACAAGCCCCAAAUUGGCAAAUUAUGAGGCAGAGCCCGCUGUAAAAAAAAAACAAAAAAAAAAAAACAAACAGUCUCUCUCUCUCUCUGAGAUACAAAUGUCCAGAGGAGGAGGUUAGAUGUGAAACCAUAAAGAACUAAUGCAAAUGAUGUGAUUUCUAAUAAUUUUCACACUUUCGAAUAAUGACGGAUACUCGGAUACUGCGGGAUGAAAGUGAUUUCUGAAUCCUGAUAAAUGUUUAACAGCAGCGGAAAUCAGUGGCAGUAGCUGAGUGUCAGUCAAUGUGACAUUAGAUGACAGAGGGUUUCACAGUGCUGGCUGCUGUGUCGUUGCAUCUGUAGCUUGUAACAAUGAAUUUCUCGUGGAAGAAGACGAAAAAACAUAGGAAAUGUCUAUAUGGAGGAAUAUAUUGGUCCUCUGUGUAUUUUACUCAUGUUUAUUGUUGUGUUUUUAUUACCCACUUCCAUUUCCAGCGUGUGGGUUUUUUUUUUUUUUUAAACAUCAUCUUGAUAUUAAGUGAGAUAAAGAAUGCGAUCGGUUAGAAUUCGGCACACUCAUACAUUCAUUUCCAUACGUUUUUCUCUUUUCAUGAACUUAAGGUUACUGUGUCAUAGUGAAUAGUUUUUAAGGGUACCUAAGCUGGUGCAACAGACCUAUUGAGAACAUCCCUUUUUAUUCCAUACGGUUUUCUCCAGCAGUUCACUGAGAAUUUCCAUGCUCUGUGUUGUCUGGCACCGCGUCUCCUGAUUUAUUUUUUCUUCUUCCCAGCUGACGCCAACUCAAGUGACCGCACUUGAGGCCAUUCAUCAGACAUUGCGCAGCUCCUUUUGGAGCCACUAUGCCCUUACAUGACUCCCUUCCUUGUAUGCAGUAGCACCCCGUAUAAACAGAAGACAACCCUCUCAUUAUUAACCGUUGUAGCCCCUGAAGUGCACUCACUGUGCUUUUGAGAACGCUUUACGACAAAGUAUCCAUCAAUAAGAAGAAACAUGUAGAAUCAAAAUUGUGUAUAUAAAAUAUGUUGUAUAUUUCUUGCAGUAAAUUAUUUGUAAAUCAGAUAAAAGGCUUUUUUUUUUAUUUGGAAUGACUUGAUGAAUUUUGCACCUGUCUUUAGGUUCUCUGGCUUACUGUUUGUGUCUAAACGUGGGGAGUUCCUCCUGUUGAGUUUACAUGAUCUGUGAAAUAUAAACGUUGUAGCCUCA